AUGUGCUGGAAGAGGAGAGGGCAGCCAUUGUUGCAGAGAUGAAGAAGAAGAAAGUUGAUUGGAAGAAAGUUACUGACAUGAUGGCCAGCACAUUCCCUCUGCGACGAAAAGAAAUAGUUGAAGAACAACCACUUGUGGCAGAAGUGAAGGCCAAGUGGCCAGCUUUGUUCACAGAUACACAGAUUGAGGCUGAAUUUGCUCGACUAACUUCCACUGACCUGUGGGACACGUUUGUUUCUGGGCUGGAUCAGUAUAUGGAAAGAUUCUUGCAGAUGUUUAGGGCCAAGAGUCACUGCAUUCAAGCACUUAGCAGCCUCCUGUCUCUGCUUGAUGAUGAUAAUUCAGUUCAAAAGAAAAGGGCAGUCAUUCUGAGAGGCCUGCCACAUUUUCUCAGGGAGGAUCCAUCCAAACUUCUAAAGAUUGCUGAGACUACAGAGAGUGAGGAGCAGAUGGCAAAAGGAGUAAGUAUUGGUGUCUUGCUGAUACAAGAAGAGGAGGACGUCAUUGACUUUUCAGUGGUACUGGAAGAGCAGAUCAUCCUGAAUGGCAUUACUGACUUCCCCCAUGCGGUAGCUAUGCUUGUUGGUCUGUUAUUCGCACUUAGUAUUGACUACCCCAAGGAACUGCGCUACACCUUCGAGGUCAUUCAGAAGGUUUUAAUGAACAUUGGAGGUGAACAGUGUUCUGCUAGGGUUCACGGACUCAGAAACAGACUCUUGUGUAAAACUCUGUAGGUGGUAAAGCAGUCAGUGGAUAUCCCAAGAGUGUGCUGUGUUUAUCUGAAACAUACAUGUGCUUAAACUGAGCAUAAUAUUUUUUUCUGAAAUGUUAAAGACUACAUGCAAAGUUCUAUAUAAUUGAAUUGAUCAGGUGUAAAUAGGUCGUUCAGAGUGGUUUGAAGGGAUUCAUUAUAGAGAAAUUUACAGGCUUAUUUUUUUAUUUAUUUUUUUUUUUAAAUGGUCAUAUUUUUCUUAGCUAUCCAUACCUCCUGUAGCUUAUAUUUAGGUUAUGUGUUGUAAUAUUUUAUUUAGUUAGAACUAAGGUGCUAAUAGAUGUAUUAUUCAAUCUCAUUUGGCCACUCUUGACUUCUUUACUUUUUUUCUUUAACAAAGUAUAAUUGCCAAGUUCCAUAAUGUAAGAAUUUAUUCUGCAAGGUCUGUUGGACUGUAUUCAGGAUACUAUGUAAGU